CCCUCCCUGUGUCUCUGGCGCUCACUUAUUUCAACUUCUUCUUCUUCUCUCCUCGAGCUUCGCGGCCGUUUCAAACGAAGAGAGAGAAAUAAAGAGAGAGACUCAGUUUUAGUGAGAGAAACGUAUGCUCUUCUUCUUUUUCAAGUGAAGAGUGAGAGAGAGCUAUCGUCGAGCUCCAUACUUCAUCGCCGGAAAAUGACGGUCUUCUCCGGCAGCAAACAGGUCUUUCCGGUGGACUACGAGGCUGAAAUAUCGAAACGCCUUCUCGAAGCUUCGUUAUCUGGCGAUCUGAAAUCCGCACUCGACUGUAUCGCUGAUCCGUUAGUCGAUGUCAACUUCGUCGACGCUGUGUUCCUCAAGACCAGGAAAACUGAGGUGAUUUUGCAAGAUGAAUCGGCAAGUGAAGUCCGUGUCGAUUACGAGGAGUUCAGAACCGAUGUCACGGCUCUUUUUCUUGCUGUUCAUGCUGGAAAUGUUGGUUUGGUGAAGAAUUUACUGAGCAUUGGAGCCGAUGUAAAUCAGAAACUAUUUAGGGGCUUCGCGACAACAGCAGCAGUAAGGGAGGGCCACCUUGAGAUUCUUGAAAUCUUACUGAAAGCUGGGGCUUCUCAGCCAGCUUGUGAGGAAGCUCUAUUAGAGACAAGCUGUCAUGGACGUGCUAAGUUUGCUGAGCUGCUAAUGGCUUCGGACCUAGUUAGGCCCCAUGUUGCUGUGCAUGCCAUGGUCACAGCAUGCUGCAGGGGGUUUGUCGAUUUGGUGGAUGCUCUCAUCAAGUGUGGUGUAGAUGCAAGUGCAGCAGAUAGGGUGUUGCUCCAAUCAUCAAGACCUUCCUUGCACGCCAAUGUUGACUGUACUGCACUAGUUGCCGCAGUUAUUAGUAGGCAGAUCUCCAUUGUUCGUUUGCUGCUACAGGCUGGUGCUAGGACAGACAUCAAAGUACCAUUAGGAGCAUGGUCUUGGGACACAGCUACAGGGGAAGAGUUUCGGGUUGGAGCUGGACUUGCAGAGCCUUAUCCUGUCACCUGGUGUGCUGUUGAGUACUUCGAAAGUAGUGGUGCCAUCUUGCGAAUGCUCCUACAACAUCUCUCCCUCCACACCACACACUGUGAAAGAACCCUACUUCACCAUGCCAUCUUAUGUGGCAAUGCAGGAGCUGUAAGCGUGCUCUUAAGUUGUGGAGCUGAUGUAGAAUCCCCUGUUAAAACAACUGGGGGUACCAUAUUUCGUCCAAUACACAUGGCUGCACGUCUUGGAUUCUCUACAAUUCUUCAAUGCCUUAUCGACUCUUGUUGUGAUAUAAACUCCAAGACUGGCAAUGGUGAUACAGCUCUGAUGAUUUGUGCAAGAUAUAAACAAGAUGAAUGUCUUAGAUUAUUAGCCAUGGCUGGUGCUGAUUUUGGAGUGGUUAACGUUGAAGGUCAGUCUGCGAGUUCAAUUGCUGGGUCAAAUAGGUGGUUCCUUGGUUUUCAGCAAGCAGUAAUGGAUGUGAUAAAAGCUGGAAAGUUACCGAGCUCCAGCAAUCUUCCUGUCUUCUCACCCUUGAUCUUUGCAGCUCAGGCCGGUAAUAUAGAGGCCUUGGAAGCUCUAAUUAGUUGGGGAGGAUUUAAUGUUGAUUAUCAGGAUGACAAUGGCUUUUCAGCAGUUAUGAUUACUGCUAUGAAGGGUCAUGUGGAAGCAUUUCGCUUCCUGGUCUAUGCAGGAGCUGAUGUAAAGCUGACUAACAAAUUUGGUGAGACUGCAAUUACUCUAUCAGAAUCGAACCAAAAUCACGACCUUUUUGAGAAAGUAAUGCUCGAGUUUGCACUUGAAAAGGGCAAUCGGAAUGCUGGAGGGUUCUAUGCUUUGCAUUGCGCAGCUCGUCGUGGUGAUCUGGAUGCUGUCAAGUUGUUGACAAGCAGGGGUUAUGAUGUGAAUGUCCCCGACGGGGAUGGUUACACCCCGCUGAUGUUAGCUGCAAGAGAAGGCCAUGGUACCAUUUGUCAACUGUUGAUCUCUCAUGGAGCCAAUAUCAAUUUCAAGAAUGAUAGGGGUGAAACCGCACUUGCACUAGCUAGGAAAAAUGGCGGUAUGGAAAAUCAAGUAGAGCAUGUAUUGCUGGACGAAAUUGCUCGUAACUUGGUGAUGGACGGUGCUCGUGUUCAGAAGCACACGAAGGGUGGGAAGGGGAGUCCUCACCAAAAGGAGAUAAAAAUGGUGGGGAAUGCUGGAGUACUAAGCUGGGGAAAAUCGAGCCGGAGAAAUGUGGUAUGCCGAGAGGCAGACGUUGGACCAAGCCCAACCUUCCGUAAGAACAGAAGGAAUAAAGGCGAUGCUGAUGAACCUGGACUGUUUAGAGUGGUGACUAAAGGUAACAAAGAGGUGCAUUUUGUGUGUGGUGGGGGGCUUGAAACGGCACAACUGUGGGUGAGGGGUAUUAAGCUUAUGACAAGAGAAGCUAUUUUUGUUUAGAUGGAGGUGAAAGGUGAUUUUCAACGAAGUAGGAUGUAUAGGCGUUUAGAUGUUUAGAAGAGUACUUUAUCUUGAAGUACUAAUCUUCAUUUCCUUGUAAAGGUUUUGAUCCUUAAUAGUUUUUCUAGUUUGUAAAUCGUUGUCACCUAGUUGAAAAGGAUUUCUUUAUUGGGUAGCUGA